GAAGCUGCAGAGAAACAGGAGAAGAAGAAGAAGCUUCAGGAACAACAACUAACUGGAGCGGAGUACCGCAGAGAUGAGCUGCUCCUUCCAGCUCCUGGUUUCCCGCUGCGACUUCUACCACAGACGUUUUCUUUUCGUCCUGUCUCGACAGUUGCUGUCAGUCAGGUCGCUCAGUGCCACUCCUCACAUCAGCCGCAGCCUAAAGGCAAGUUACCGGCUUCUGCAGCUGCCUGAUGAAGGUCACAGCAGUCCUGCACAGGUGAAAGAGGCCUACCUGCGCCUGGCCAAGCUCUACCACCCAGACUCGGGGACAGCAACAGCAGAUGCAGCACUGUUUGCUCGGGUUGAGGAGGCCUACCGAGCCGUGCUGGCACAUCAGAGCAAGACCAAGCAGCCUGAUGGAAGCAAGGAAGAUGAUGAUGAGGACAAGUCCAGAGGAGCAGCAGUUCAGCACAGACACUACCUCAGCUUUGAGGGCGUGGGUUCAGGCACGCCCAGCCAGCGAGAACGUCAGUACCGGCAGGUCCGCGUCGACCGGGCGUCAGAGCAGGUUCUGAACUACCGGCAAAGAGAACACGAGCGGGCAGCUGCGUCUGAAGGGGCGCUGGUGGAGCGGGACAUGCGUCAGCGCAGCCACAAAAUCAAGAUCACUCAGGCUGUGGAGCGGCUUGUGGAGGACCUGAUCCAGGAGUCUAUGGCGCGAGGAGACUUCAGGAACCUGAGUGGAGCCGGAAAACCUCUCAACAAGUUCCAGUACAAUCCAUACGCUGAUCCCAUGACCCACAACCUUAACCGCAUCCUCAUUGACAAUGGCUACCAGCCUCCCUGGGUCGUCACACAGCGAGACAUCAGGGAGGCUGUCGCUCAUGUCCGGAGCAGGCUGCUGGAGGGACGGGCUCGGCUCAGCGACCCCCUGACCCCCGCAGAGCUCAGCCAGUGGGAGCAGCUGUGUGUGUCUGUGGAGGAGGAGCUGGUGAAGCUCAACAAGAUGGUGGACAAUUACAACCUCAUCGUACCGAUGCUCAACAUGCAAAUGGUCCACUUCCGUUUGUCCAGAGAAAUAGAGCGCGCCGUGAAAGGUGCCGCUCAGCGCCGACUGGACCAGCAGACGGAGAGAGAAAAGGAGCGAGAGAGGAGGAAGGAGGAGAAAAAAAGAGCCAACGCAGUGACAAAGACUGCAAAGAAGAAGCGAGGACUCAUGUCUUGGAUGCAGAGUUUGCUCAAAUGAAGUGAUCAGCUGUUGAUUUAUUUAUUUCAUUACAGUCCAGUUGUUCACCUGCAUAUUUGCACACAUUUAGAAUCAAACUCAGAGAUAAUGAAGCCUUUUAGUUAUUUUUAGGCAGAAGGACGAAAGUUAUUGUCUAAAUAUGCAGAACUGUAGUCAGAGGUCAGUACUACGAAGCAGGAUUUGAGGUUUUUACUGUAAAUUAUUCUGGGUUUUCACGACCACGAUGCUGGUUCACCUCUUACUGUCACCUUGUAGCUUAUGAUGAACUUCUCAUCUUCUCUGGAGCAGAUUAUGUUUUGAGAUCAACAUGUACAAAAACCCACCUACUGACCAAUCAGAUGUCUUCCUGUGACUCCUGUGGAGCUCAGUGUGCAGGGAGUGAAAAGUCUCAGAAGAGACUUUUUUAGAGCUGCAAGCAAUGGAAAAGAAAUGUGAAUGAUAUAAUCCUAAAACAGAAACGGAUUAAAGCAUUAGAACUUUAUGCCAUACAUGUUGACCUUAUAGGAUUUUCAGUAAAGCCUCCUUACUGGUUUGGGUUUUGUUUUUAUAUCUGUUUUUUUACUUGUUCCAGAACAGUUUAACAUCACCAAGCAGCUGAAAGAAUGAGACUAAAGUUGAGUUUUGAAGCGAGAACACUGAAUUCAUGCUCCGGAUUGCCAUGAAAAUAGUUUUUUUUAAUCUUUAUUAGUGGAUUAUUUCCUCUUUACCCCCUGAACCUCAGAACCUGCUGACAGAAUGAAAGCCUUGUUAUUUUUAAAAAGUCACCAAAAUGACACCAUUUAGAAUUGUGAGAAUUUUCACUUUCCAUCAGUCAACAUAUCGUUUGUGACUUUUGGUUUUGGUGGGAAAAACAACCACAUUUUAGCUUCAUCAAAAUCACUUGUUUCAUUUUAAAAUUCACCAGAAAUGAGCUGUUUGCAACAACCACAUUCUGUAACAAAAAAUACAAAAAUCAGCAACCAAGAAGCAAUGACAGACUGAGCUGUGAUCAACAGUCAUGUGACAAAAAUUCAUGGUGUGUUAAGGAGACAAAUAUUUACACACAUUGAAAAUAUGCAAUAUCUAUACUAUUUAGACUCACAUUUUGUCCAGUGUUGCUAGUACCUGUGGGGAAAAAUGUUGGAAAUAUUGAUUACAUUUAUGAUUUCUGUCUUUCUAACUGUCAUACUGCACAGAAGA